CUGGGCGCUAUAGCAACGGUAGCUUGCAGGGAGCGAACGCUGAGGAGAUCUUCUUCAUGCACAUAUCCAUAGAAUCAUCAUAAGCUGAGUCUCCGUUUCCAGACGCUGGAAUCCAAGAGCUCCCUUUUCCCAUUCAAAUGACUGCUUAGUGGAUUCUCUCACCGCAUGCGCCAUACCCGGCCCCAGCCUCCGAGACGGAGGUAAACAAGAUAAGCCAUGUCUGGUCCAAGCGAUGAGACGGCAGGAGACCUGCCGGUGAAAGAUAUAGGUCUAAACCUCUUUGGAGCUGGAGGGUUACAAGAAACUUCAACUGCACGAACAAUGAAGACUCGCCAGGCAGUGUCACGUGUCAGCCGUGAGGAACUGGAAGACAGAUUUUUGCGUUUGCAUGAUGAGAACAUUUUACUUAAACAGCAUGCCCGCAAGCAAGAGGAUAAAAUUAAAAGAAUGGCCACCAAGUUAAUACGGCUAGUUAAUGACAAGAAAAGAUAUGAACGGGUUGCUGGCGGCCCCCAGCGGCUGGGACGAGAUGUAGAAAUGGAAGAAAUGAUUGAGCAGCUGCAAGAGAAAGUCCAUGAGCUUGAAAGACAAAAUGAAGUCCUCAAAAACAGGCUAAUAUCAGCCAAACAGCAGCUCCAGGGCCAGGGGCACAGGCAAUCUCCGCACAGUCGUGUGCAGGCUCGAAUUAACACUGGCCGCAGGAGAGCUAGCGCAACCACAAGCUUACAGGAAUGUCCCAGGAAAGGUGUAAGAUUCCAAAAUAUAGAUGAAGCAGAAACUGCACAACCAACGCUCACAAAAUAUGGCAAUAAUUUACUUGAAGAAGCCAGAGGAGAAAUAAGAAAUUUAGAAAAUGUUAUUCAGUCACAAAGAGGCCAGAUAGAAGAAUUAGAGCACUUAGCAGAGGUCCUGAAAACUCAGUUGAGAAGAAAGGAAAAUGAAAUUGAGUUGUCUCUUCUUCAGCUUCGAGAACAGCAAGCUACAGAUCAAAGGUCAAAUAUUCGAGACAAUGUAGAGCUGAUUAAACUCCAUAAACAACUGGUGGAGAAAAGCAAUGCUCUUUCAGUCAUAGAAGGAAAAUUUAUUCAGCUUCAAGAGAAGCAAAGAACGCUCAGGAUCAGCCAUGAUGCCUUGAUGGCAAAUGGAGAUGAGCUAAAUAUGCAGCUUAAGGACCAGCGCUUAAAGUGCUGCAGCCUGGAGAAGCAGCUGCAGUCGGCGAGGUUUGCAGAGAGAAGAGUAGAGGAGCUGCAGGAUAGAAUUAAUGAUUUAGAAAAGGAGCGAGAACUUUUAAAGGAAAACUAUGAUAAACUUUAUAACAGUGCCUUCAGUGCUGCCCAGGAAGAACAGUGGAAGUUAAAGGAGCAGCAGAUGAAAGUGCAGAUCGCUCAACUCGAAACUGCCCUAAAAUCUGAUCUAACAGACAAAACUGAAGUCCUUGACAAAUUAAAGACUGAAAGAGGACCCUUAAUAAACCAAAAUGAGAAGCUCAUGCAAGAGAACAGAGAGCUCCAGCUGCAGUGUCUGCAGCAGAGGCAGCAGCUGGAUGAGCUGAAAAGCCGCAUGAGGUUUUUCAACCAGGAGAGUGAUAUCGAUGCUGAUGACCUGAGUGAGGCGCUCCUGCUUAUAAAGGCUCAGAAAGAACAAAAGAAUGGAGACCUUUCAUUUUUAGAAAAAGUGGACAACAAACUUAAUAAAGAUCUAGAACAUUCCAUGAAAGAACUUCAAGCAAGUCAUGCAGAAACAGUACAAGAACUUGAAAAGACAAGAAAUAUGCUAAUUAUGCAACAUAAAAUCAAUAAAGACUAUCAGAUGGAAGUUGAGGCGGUGACUCAGAAGAUGGAAAAUUUGCAGCAAGAUUACGAACUCAAAGUGGAACAAUAUGUUCAUCUUCUUGAUAUCCGGACUGCACGCAUCCAGAAGCUUGAAGCCCAGUUAAAGGACAUCGCCUACGGUACUAAGCAGUACAAAUUUAAAGCAGAAAUCAUGCCAGAUGACUCUGUUGAUGAAUUUGAUGAAACCAUCCACCUGGAACGAGGAGAAAACCUGUUUGAAAUCCACAUCAAUAAAGUCACCUUUUCUCCUGAAGCCCUGCAGGCAUCUGGUGACAAAGAGCCUGUCACUUUCUGUACCUAUGCUUUCUAUGACUUUGAACUGCAGACCACUCCCAUUGUUCGAGGCCUUCACCCAGAAUAUAACUUCACUUCUCAGUAUCUUGUCCACGUAAACGACUUAUUUUUGCAGUAUAUUCAGAAGAACACUGUCACUCUGGAGCUCCAUCAAGCCUACAGCACAGAUUACGAAACAAUUGCAGCUUGUCAGUUGAGAUUCCAUGAGAUUCUAGAAAAAAGCGGCCGAAUAUUUUGCACAGCAAGUUUAGUUGGAACUAAAGGAGACAUCCCAAAUUUUGGCACAGUAGAAUACUGGUUCCGAUUAAGAGUUCCCAUGGAUCAAGCAAUUCGACUUUAUCGAGAGCGGGCAAAGGCAUUAGGAUAUAUAACAUCAAAUUUUAAGAAGCCAGAGAAAAUGCAAUUGUUGAGUCAGCAAGCACCCACAACUGCUCAGAUCAGUUCAACAGAUUCCACUGAUGGCAACUUAAAUGAACUCCACAUUACAGUAAGAUGUUGCAGCAACCUACAGUCCCGAGCAAGCCACCUGCAGCCACAUGCAUAUGUUGUGUACAAGUUUUUUGAUUUUCCAGACCAUGAUACAGCCAUCAUUCCCAGUAGCAAUGAUCCGCAGUUUGAUGACCAUAUGUGUUUCCCAGUGCCAAUGAAUAUGGAUUUGGAUCGCUACCUUAAGUCAGAGUCUCUGGGGUUUUAUGUGUUUGAUGAUAGUGAUACCCAGGAGAAUAUUUACAUAGGAAAGGUCAAUGUGCCUCUGAUUUCACUCGCCCAUGACAGGUGUAUCUCAGGGAUAUUUGAGUUAAUGGAUAAUGAAAAGCAUUCUGCGGGAACCAUCCAAGUUAUAUUAAAAUGGAAAUUCACCUACCUUCCCCCAAGUGGAUCAAUAACUAAUGAAGACCUAGGAAAGUUCAUAUGCAGAGAAGAGCCAGAGGUUGUUCAGAAACUACCUCCAACAUCCUUGGGUGUUACAUCAGUUGUAGCACCAAAACCUAAACCAAGACAGCGUUUAACACUUGUGGACAAAAAGGUUUCUUUUGUGGAUACCAUGCCGCACCUGAGUCCUGAGACUUCUCCUCCUCCUCCUAAAGAUAUAAAAGACAAUUCCCCGGAAAUGGAACACACACCAGAAACAGAAAAUAGCAUGUCAGCUGUUACAUAUUCUUCCGAGGAAAGCAGUGUGGCUGAGGUAGAGGAAACCGUAGAGAGAACGCAGCAAGGAAAAGAAGAUGACAUCUCUUUCCUAUCUGAGGGUCAGCUUGCAUCGCAGAGUGUGGCUUCCUCUGAAGAUGAAACAGAAAUAACGGAAGAACUGGAGCCAGAAGAUGAGGACAGAUCAGCUUCUGACAGCGAUGACUGUAUCAUCCCAGGUUCCGUCUCCAAGGAAACCAAACAGCCGUCAGAGGAAAUUCGGAUUGAGAUCAUAGCUCUAAGCCUUAAUGAUUCUCGGAUAACCAGGGAUGACACUAUCCAACGGCUGUUUGUUGAGUGUCGGUUCUACAGUCUUCCGGCUGAAGAGACACCUGUGUCACUGCCAAAACCCAGGAGUGGCCAGUGGGUCUACUAUAACUAUACCAAUGUGAUCUACCUGGAUAAAGAAAACAACCGAGCAGAGAGAGGCAUCUUAAAGGCCAUACUGCAAAGACAAGAACUGCCUCACAGAAGUGUGCGCUUCACCGUGGUGAGUGACCCUCCUGAGGACGAGCAGGACCUAGAGUGUGAGGACAUCGGCAUUGCUCAUGUUGACCUCAUGGAUAUGUUUCAGAAAGGGAGAGACAUCAUUGAGCAGGACCUUGAUGUGUUUGAUGCCCGAGCGGACGGAGGCAGCAUCGGCAAGCUGAAGGUGACCGUGAGAGCGCUCGCUGCUCUACAGUCUGUCGAUGAGCAACAUGGAGAGGACUAGGAAGCCUGGAAGACGCUGCUGCAGAGGCGUCCACCUCUGAGGAAAUGCCCACAUGAAAACUCCAGGAUGAGAUUUUGAGUAAUCACUCUGGUGUGUGUAAUCUAUAAUUCAUGGGGAGCUGGGGGGGGAGGGCCUGGGCUUAGGUCCUAGGCUUCAGUUUCAAAUCUUGUAUAGGUUUUUGUUUAUUUUUCUAUUCCUUCUACCCAUGACUGCCACCCCUGAGGACUUCAGUUCUCCUCAGUGGUCUACCUUCUCAAUAAUUUAUAUCAACAUGUUAGGAUGAAAUAUCUAUUUACAUUUGUAACAUUUUCUUACAAAGAAGUGGGAAUAGUUUUAUUUUUCAUAAGGAAAAGCCUAAAUCUUAGGAAACCUAUGGAAAAGAAAUGCUUUUUACAUUAUCCCUAAUCGUCCCACUAAAGGAAAAGCUUCUGAUUAGCCUCAUUAAGAUUUUUAUACUGUGAAGAUUUUAUUAGAAGCAAUAUAUGAAAAUUACUUGGAUUAAUGUGUUAAUCUUCCGCUUUAAAAUGCUAAUAUCCACUUUGUGCACAUUAAAGCUCAGUAUGUGUUUUCUUUGAUGCAUGCGGUUUCUAUCAAUUCGAUAUAAAGAAGGAGAUGUGGCACCAACUUAGUAAGUUGCUCCCAGUUUUUGUUGUUCUCCAUAAACAUUGUAGUCGUUAUAUGGUAUCCAUGUGUCUGUAAUGCUGAUAUGGGACCCAAGAUUAUAUAAAGAUAGAGAGAUACAUACAUGCAUAUAUACAUACAUGCAUACAUAUAUAUAGGGAAUUCAUACUUUACAAACUAAAGUUAUUACAUAGAAAAAAUAAAAUAUGACCCGAACUCUAAGAUGUUUGGUCAGACAUGAAAAGAGACCUUACUUCAAGCUUACCCAGUGCUGGAUGUGUCUGGUUAUGCAGACCCUCAAAGAGCAGCUCCAGAAGUUAAUUUCUAGCUUUUACACAGUCUUGCUGAAGGGUUUAAUUGAUAUUUUUAAUGGAGCUGUGAAUCAGUGCUGCAAAAGAAUUGUCUCUGGGGGUCUGAGAUAUAAUGCAUUUCAUUUUUUAAUUUACUUUUUUAUUUGUCGUUUUCUUCAAAGGAUUUUUAUAGGCUGUGGGUUUUCACUGUUUGCAAACAGGCUAUUCCUUCUUAAGCAUAUGUAAAGUAUUCAGGGAGAUAAGUAAUUUAUUAAAAUCUACCUAAUUUGCCGUGCUAUAUUAAAUCUCUGCUUCAGUGAUCACAGACCAUUUCAUUUAGAGAAUUAGGCAUUCCCUCUUUGUGUGAUUAAAGCCCUGGAAAAUGAGUUCUUUGCUCCUAUUUGUGAACAUUCAAAGCCUGCUAAUGGCAGGAAGAUGGAAUAGAUUAUGAGACAAUUCAUUACAGUUCAACAGGGGAAAAGCAGCUAUAAUGCAGAAAUGCAAGUAUGAAUAUCAGUGUAUAGUUGGACCAUCUGUGCGCUCUAAAGGCUUCGGCGGUGACUCCUCCUUGGGAGGCUUUGAAAUGACAUCCAUACGAUAUUAAUUUGUUGGCACACUUUGUGGGACCAGUAGAGUAUGAUUUGACCACAGGAUUCUAUAAAUUUUGUCUGUACCGUUGGGCAUCCCUGCCUCCAGGCCUGCCAUCUCCAAGAGGAAUCUUGCUCUCAUCAGCCUCUGCAGAUCUUCAUAACAACUCAUUCCUCUGGAACCUUCUAGUGACCACAAACAUCUGCAGACAAAACCUCUCCAAUCCUAGUAAACAACCACAUGUUUGUUGUCACUUUAGCUGGCUCUGAGCUCAUCUUUUUGGCCUCCCUUUCCAGCUUUCUUUGGCUUUGUGCAGCUAAAGUGUCAUUAAGGCCCAUAAUAUUCCCUGCAGUAAUCUAAAACAGCCAGAUUAUACCCUGGGAUUAGCUGGGCAGUUUUUGAGACAUUUAUUGUGGUAUUCUCCCAGGAGGCAUGCAUUAUUGUUUUAAAAUGUUAUAUCCCAAACUAAAUAAUGCUUUCUGCAGAGAGGAAAAUGGAUGGUGCUGACUUCUUAGCAUCUUUAAGUAGAGACAGGGAAGUCUUAGAAGUGAGUCGACCUAUAGAGUCUGUGCCUCAAGUACAAGUGGGGAUUUAGGCAGGCUUCUGUGCCUUUUGUAUUUACUAGCCUUAAAACCCUCUGCUUCAGACUCCCGCAGAUGUUCCCAAGCUCACACGCAAUGGCUGCUAAAGGGUUCUAUGGGGAAGUGGAAUGAGUGUCCUCACGCCAAGGCCACGGCCUCUUUGUCUAGCCAUGUGUUAGCCAGGGUUCACUGAGAAGUUCAGCUCCAUGAGCCGCCUUGCUUUGUUAAGGAUGGCUAGGGUGUGGGGGCUACCAGGCACGCGGACACAGCCCUGAGAACUUGCAGUUCUCAUAACCGCACAGUGCACGCAGCACUCUGGGAGCUGUAUUGCUUUAGUUUGGAAAUAUAAAUAGAGACGUGAUAUGGCGUGUGGGAGGGUGCAUUGUACGUGGUUUUUUUGCCUACUGUAGUAGAAAUGUCAAAUUCCCAGCCACUGUCAUGAGAGGCAGUUGACAAAAAUAAGUUUUAUGGUUUACAGUGUGGUUUACAUAGAGGACAUUUCUCUUCAC